AUGGCUACCCCAAGCCCCCCAAACCUCUCUAAAACACUUUCCGACAAGGCCAGCAACCUUCUCAAUAAGGUCAACGAUGCUCAAUCCAUCUUCAACCCAGUUACCCAACUCCUAGAUACCUACCUAGGCUCUGAGGAAGUCCGCGCUCUCCCACCGAGUUCACGAAAACUCCUCACCUCCCUUUGCCUUGAGUUUAAGGCAACCAUCGAACAGCACUUCGACACCUUUGUUACUGGUCAUCCCCCCCCUAGGGGAGCUACUACUCCACCUGUCACCCCCCUUUCCCCUCCUUCCCCCCCGACCACCAUUUACACAAGUACACCUACAAUGCCUAUAGGCCCCAAGCCCUCCUACAUUCAAAAAGCCUCUACUCCAACCAUUGCCCUCACAAACAAGACUCCCUCCGAUAACCGCUUAUUCUCCUCGGACCAAACGCCUCCCUCUUAA